AUGACAACCAAAAGGUUUCUGACCACACUCGCUCGUCGACCGCCGAUGAGGAGGUCAAAGAACCUACAUUGGAACAGGACACCUACGAAUACUUCAGACAACCAUUCUGUCCACGAAGCUCAUAUGUCUACUUUACCAAAGGACACUGCUACUGCAACUUCACAUAUUGAUAUUUUGCCAGACAGUGUCGCAGAAAGUGAGCCCGUUAAAAAUGUCUCUGAUCAAGAGCUGCUGUUAAUCAACCGUUUCGAUAAUAAGAAUUCGGACAAGUUUCCCAGCACCGAAGCCAUGAAACAGAGAAGGACAAAGCUGUUUCUCAAAGAAUUUGCUUCAAUCACUAGACGUCCAUUAAAGUCUCGGAAACGUGAACUUACCACCUUGGAUCUUGAGGAAUUUGAAGCAGCGGAGGAACAGAAGAAAAAAAUCAAGUUACGUUCUGUACAAGCAGUCAAUAAAAUUAGAACUUUAUAUUUUAAGACUGCUAUCACCAAUAAUACAGACGUUCGAGAACGAAAACUCUUUUCGGAAGCAUUUGAGAAAGAACUACAAAAUCUUUUGAAGAUGCAAGUUUUUGACACAUCAAUCUCCAUUCCUAGAAAUCAAGUCCCAGCUAACCGAAUUAUACCUCUUCAGACUAUAUUUACGGUGAAGCGUGAUGGGACUCAUAAAGCUCGUAUUGUUUGCCGAGGGGACAAACAAACGGAAGCCACCUACAGUAACUAUCAUACAGAUCUUCUUCAAAUUGAUACUUUGAAAUUGUUCCUGAUGAUAGCCAAUAACCGUAAGAUGUGGAUACAGACUUUAGAUAUAAAUCAUGCAUUUUUGUAUGCUGAUUUACGGGAGGAGAUAUAUGUUCCACUUCCACACGAUAGGAGAUUUGUGACACCGUUAAAAAAGGCACUUUACGGUUUAAAACAAAGUCCUAAGGAAUGGAAUGAGCAUCUAAAAAAAUUCCUGAACAGUAUUGAUCUGGAUGACUCCAGACAUACGCCAGGUAUAUUCAGAAAUCACGAUUAUAGCAUCAUGAUAGCUGUAUAUGUAGAUGACUGUGUCAUAGCUGCUAAAAGUCAGGAACUUCUAGACGAGUUUGGUUCCACCUUAAGAAACAGAUUUGAGCUUAAAAUUAUUGGAAAAAUGAAUCAAGGCAUUCUACGUACAGAUGUACUAGGAAUGGACCUUGAUUAUAAUAUUGAUGAAGGUAAAAUCAGCCUAUCAUUGCAAUCUUACAUUGAAAGUAUUGAAAAUGAUUGGCUUGAUAAAAUUAGUCAUAUUAAAACUACUUCUAUUCCACAUGUUUCAUCCUAUGAACACAACAUCAAAAACAUUGAUUCUAUGGACACUAAAACAAGAUCUAAAAAGAUCAAUGAACUGCAGAAGAUAAAUGGCGUGAUUAACUAUAUUAGAUCUAGAUGUAGAUAUGAUAUAGAGUUCGCUGCCAAUAAACUGGCCAGGAGUGUGAACUUUCCAGCAGACAACGUUUUUUACAUGGCUGAUAAACUUAUGAACUAUAUUUUCCAAACUAAGUCAGAAAAAAUUGUGUUCACAAGAGAAACCACUGAUAACCCGGCCAUAACUCUGCUAUCUGAUGCCUCACUGGGUACGGAACAUGACAUGAAGUCCAGAAUGGGCAUAAUGUUAUGGUAUGGAGAGAACCUCUACAAAGUCAUUUCAAGAGCCUCCUCAGCUGUCAGAAACUCAUCUACUGAAGCUGAACUGGACGCUAUCUAUGAAGGAUCUAAAGAGGCAUAUUAUCUAAAAAAGAUUUUAGAAGAAAUGAACCUACAAAAAGAUCCAACUGUCAUUUCCAUUACAGACAGCAAACCUAGUAUUCAAUAUCUAAAGAACAAUUAUAACUCCAACAGAAGAGAUAGAUUCCUGGAUUUGAAACUAGCUAAACUCGAAGAACGGAUACGAGCAGAUGACUUACUAAUAUAUAAAAUUGCUGGCACUGAUAACAUUGCUGAUGUUUUAACCAAACCGGUUAGUUGUGAAGACUUUAAGAAACUAAGAUCUUCGAUGCAAAACAAACUGACUCCCAAAGAUAUUCUUACGAUAACUGACCCAGGAGAAUUUCAUAGUCCAUCAAGUUCUAUAUCGACAAUCAGUUAA